UCCAGCCCCCUCUCUCUCUGCCAGGGACAGCUAAAAGCCCAGCAGCAGAAGGGACCGGCUUCCCGGGAGCUCACGGCCUUGAAGACAGAGAACGCCAAUGCCUCCCUGUCGCCUGAGGAUGGGAAGAAGGAGGCAGGAGAGGAGCGGAGCGGGAAGGCGAGACUCCUCCAAGGCCAGGAGGAGGAGGAGGAGGAGCAGCUGCGGGAUGCCGGCCAGGCAGGGACUGCCAGGAUCACCCAGGACACUAACACCCAGGUGGAAAAGGAAAAAGACCUGGAGUUGGAGGAGCAGUUUGAUGCCCUGAGGAGAGAGCACAUGGAGACCCUGCAAGAGCUCCAGAGAGCACAUGAGCAGGAGAAGCUGCUGCUGGCAGAGUCCCACCACAGGUCCCAAGCGGCCUUACAGGAGACGAUCCAGGCACUGAAUUCCCAGCUGAAGUCCUUCCAGGAGAGGAUGAAGCGGGUGGAGGAGUCACUCUUGAGCACAGACUACAAGAAGCACAUCCAGGAGCACGGGAGCCCCAGCCCCUUCUGGGAGCAGGAGCUGGAGAGCCUGCACUUUGUCAUCGAGAUGAAGAAUGAGCACAUUCAUGGCCUGGAUAAGAAGCUGCUGAACCUGGAGACUGUGGCGGAGAAGAACCUUCUGCUGGAAGAGAAGGUGAAGACUCUCCAGCAGGAGAACGAGGACCUGCAAGUUCGCACCCAGAACCAUUUGGACAUGGCAAGGCAGCUGUCGGAGGAGCUCCUGGCCGCCCGUGGGGCACUGGAGAAGGAGGCACAGCUGCGGGACCAGGCUCGCCGUGAGAAGGAGGAGCUGCUCUACCGGGUGCUCAACGGGGGGGACGGCUCCCCCUUCCCCAUCCCUGCCGGCGAGGUGCCCCUCAUCGCCACGUAGCACGCUGCCCACCGGCACCGCACGCUGCCGGGGGGGCUACUGGGGUUGUCCUCUGGGACCAUGAGCCCAAGGCUGCUCCCACGAGUGCCCCCGCUGCCGGGGCAGGCCCCCGGGGUGGCCAAGCCCUCGGGGUGGCCCCAUCCGACCGGGACGAUGGAGCAUUUCACAGGACACUUGCGCCUGCCUUUGCCCAGCCCGUGAAGGGCUGCAGGGGGACCCCAGCCACCCCUCCUGUGCCAUCUCUGCACCCCUUCCUCUGGUGGGAAGCCGUGGGGGAUGUUAUGGAGGUAAAAGUGGUUGGCCAGGACACACAGAUGUGCAUUGGGCUGGAUCCCACCCAGCGGCUUGGCUCUGAGCAUCAGUGCUGCCCCGGGGGCAUGGAGGUGAGGAGGACAGGGUGGUCACAGGGAUGGGACAGGGACAAGCACUACAACGAUGAGGACACUGGGGACAUGGUGGUGUUAAGGUACCUUGCUCCCUGAGGAGCAUCCCUGGGAAGCACGUGGCCAAGCCCAGGGCUGAGCCACAGAGGCUUUCACAGGGCAACAGCAAAGGGCAGGAGGGACAGAUGCAGCCAGGUGAAUCUGCCCCUGCCAUAGAUCACGUCAGCCUGUCCUGUUUUGGGGCUCAGCCUCCUGCUUAGACUGCUCUGAGCUGAUGCCACCACCCCUGCCCUUUCCAGUGAAAGCAGGGCUUCCUCCACCCAGGACCCGCCUUGCUCCCUGAGGAGUGGGCCAGGCAGGGCUCCCACCCAUUCCCUGCUCUCCCCGUCACCUCCUCCAUCUUCAGCUCCCUGGGAUCACUCCUCCAGCCCAGGCAUGUCCCCACUCACUGCCACACAGACACCAAACCCUCCUUGUCCCCUCUGCCCAUCAGCAGCACCACCAGCUCCAUCCUCUCCCCCAAAGCCGGGCAGAGGCUGCCUGCCCAGGGAAGCACAUUCAGGGAGCAGAGCAUCCUCCCGAGGGGGAGCAGGCUCCAGCAGGUCACAUCCCUCCCUGCUCCAAACCAGCACAACCCUGUUGGAGAAGAUGCUGCCAGCACAGCUGCAGGUCAGGGCUGGAUGCACACAAGCACUUUCCACUGUGUGGUGGGACUGUCACUGGCCUGUCCCCUCCCCAGGGCUGUGUAGCUGGGGUUUGUAUGUAUGUGUGUGUGUGUACGUGUGUGCACCAGGCCAGCGUGCCACGGGCUGUAACAAUUACAAGUCUGU